AGAACACUCUAGAUUACGAGCUCCCAGUACUCAUUCUUCCGCCAUUUCUAUAAAGCCCCAGUUGCAUUACCUUUCAAUCACCAGAUUCAGUUCUGCAUUAGCUUUCUUCAUCUUCUUCCUUGGAAUUUCUAAAAGCUAGAAACGCUCGUUUUUCCGAUUCAUCUGAGUCGAUAAAUGGAUGACGAUUUCGAGUUCCCAACUGCUGCAAAUGAGGAGAUGGAUGAAAUGGACGUUCCAGAGGAUGAUCCUGUAGCUCCAAUCAUCAAGGCUGGUGAAGAGAAAGAGAUUGGCAAGAAUGGGCUUAAGAAGAAGCUCGUUAAAGAAGGUGAAGGAUGGGAGACUCCUAGUACUGGUGAUGAAGUUGAAGUGCAUUACACUGGGACUUUACUUGAUGGAACCCAGUUUGAUUCAAGUCGGGAAAGAGGGAUACCAUUCAAGUUCAAGCUUGGUCAAGGUCAAGUAAUCAAGGGAUGGGAUGAGGGCAUCAAGACUAUGAAGAAGGGUGAGAAUGCCAUUUUCACUAUACCACCAGAGUUGGCCUAUGGUGAGUCUGGAUCUCCUCCAACUAUUCCCCCCAACGCUACACUUCGAUUCGAUGUGGAGUUGCUGUCUUGGACAAGUGUCAAGGACAUCUGUAAAGAUGGAGGAAUCUUCAAAAAAGUGCUUGUGGAAGGCGAGAAAUGGGACAAUCCCAAAGACCUUGAUGAAGUACUUGUUAAAUAUGAAGCCCAGCUUGAAGACGGAACUGUCAUCUCUAAGUCUGAUGGAACUGAGUUCACUGUCGAAGAUGGCUUUUUCUGUCCUGCCUUGGCUAAAGCUGUGAAAACAAUGAAAAAGGGGGAGAAAGUCCAGUUGACAGUGAAGCCAAAAUAUGGAUUCGGAGAGAAUGGUAGGCAAGCACUUGGUGAUGAAGGUGCUGUUCCUCCAAAUGCUACUCUUGAGAUCAUGCUCGAGGUAGUUUCUUGGAAGUCUGUAACUGAUGUUACCAAGGACAAGAAGGUUCUGAAAAAGACCCUGAAGGAGGGAGAAGGAUAUGAAAGACCGAAGGAUGGAACAACUGUUCAAGUCAAACUAAUUGGGAAGCUCCAUGAUGGGACCAUUUUUGUGAAGAAGGGGCAUGAUGAGGAGCCGCCAUUAGAGUUCAAGAUAGAUGAAGAACUAGUUAUUGAUGGACUUGAUAAAGCUGUGAAGCACAUGAAGAAAGGGGAAAUUGCACUAAUAACAGUUCAGCCAGAAUAUGCAUUUGGUACAUUUGAAUCACAACAAGAGUUGGCUACUGUUCCUGCCAAUUCAACUGUAUACUAUGAAGUCGAGAUGAUAUCUUUCACCAAGGAAAAGGAAUCAUGGGAAAUGAACACACAAGAAAAGAUUGAAGCAGCAGGGAAGAAGAAGGAAGAAGGGAACAUAUUUUUCAAGGCUGGCAAGUAUGAAAGAGCCUCAAGAAGAUAUGAGAAGGCUGUCAACUUUAUCGAGUAUGACUCCUCUUUCAGUGAAGAAGAAAAGAAGCAGACUAGAGCACUUAAAAUUACUUGCAAACUUAACGAUGCAGCUUGCAAGCUGAAGCUCAAAGAUUAUAAACAGGCUGAGAAGCUUUGCACGAAGGUGUUGGAACUUGAUAGUAGGAAUGUGAAAGCCUUGUAUCGAAGAGCACAGGCAUAUAUGCAACUUGUUGAUUUGGAUUUGGCGGAGAUGGACAUUAAAAAAGCGCUUGAAAUCGAUCCUGACAAUCGGGAUGUGAAGCUGGAAUACAAAAUUUUGAAAGAAAAGGUGAGAGAGUACAACAAGAAGGAUGCACAAUUUUAUGGCAAUAUAUUUGCAAAGAUGAACAAGAAUGCAUCAGCCAAGCAGGAUCCAAUGCCAAUGGCCAUAGAUAGCAAGGCAUGAUAGCAAGUGAGCUUUUGCAAGCCCCUCACACCCCCAAUCCACCCCCCCCCCAAAAAAAAAAAAAAAAAAAAGAAAAGAAAAAACUCUCUUUCUCUAUCAGAUGAAUACUUUGUAUGUGUCAUCCAAUAAAUAUUAAUAAAGUAGUGUGUAACCGUUGGAUGUAAGUCUCUAGAAGAUGAUGUGAUGGAUUGUGGGCUCAAAUGUAUACUGCAUCACCCGAAGCAUGUAAUGGAAAAUUAUGCUAAAACUUAAGGCGUUGGUUCUGUUUGCGUUGCGUUCCUUA